CCCUACACAUCUCUCCCAUGCAACUCACUGAGAGGGAGAGACAGCGUGUCCUCCCCUCUCGCAGCCGCUGGCAUCUCCAGCCACCGAGGACUUGCUUUUCGCACCUCGAACACCCCUCCCAUCUUCCCCGCCACUGCCUCCCAGAGAGAGAAAAAGAAAAGGAGAGAGAAAGAUUCUGGAAUUUGAACCUUUCCAGAGAGGAAACACCCAGCAAACUCAACUGAUUAAACAUCAAACAAACAGAUUCCAACUCUUCCAUUCAACGGGAAGGUCUUUGCUGUGGAGUCCUGGGAGGUGGGUGAUGGGCAGGACUGCCUCUGGCCAGCACCAUGACACCUGAAUCUGCUACCACCCUGCACCAGUCUCCGCUCUGCCUGAGCACUCAACCGUGGGCUGCUCCCCUCCCCUUGGCCUGCCACUGCUAGGAGGUGGAACUUCGGGACUGGCCCUUGGCCUGUCUCUACCUCUCACCUGGCUCACCUUGAAACUUGCUCCUCCUCCAUCACGGCACCCCCGACCCCAGGCCUGUCCCUGGCCUCCCUUGCUGGGGCCUUUGGGGGCCUGUUGGGAGGAGCACAUUGCUGAAGGCUUCCUCCCAUUCUGCACGCCUUUUACUCCUCCUCGAAUCAAGGCCUCCGGAUCCGCAUGGAUAGCUGAGAUCUUUUCUUGGAGAAACACACUUCCUGCUUACUCCAGUCCCUUCCCCACCCCACCUGAUUGUCCUCUCUUUCACUGCCCUGUUUUUCUCCUCUGUCUCUUCAUCGGAUAUCUUGCUUGUGUCCCCGUCUGGGACUGUCUUCUUCUCUUUCCUCCUUCCUUACUCUCUCUAUUUGUGUGUCUCCUUCUGUCUUUCAACUCUGUCUUGUUUUCCUUUCUCCCUUCUGCUGCCAAAGGGAGAUCUUCCCCAGAGGGCUGUCUCCUGGCUUAUCUGCUUCUCUGGCCCAUAGCCACAAUGACCUUCACCCUCCACUCCGUGUUCUUCACCCUGAAAGUGAGCAUCCUGCUGGGGUCUCUGCUGGGGCUCUGCUUGGGCCUCGAGUUCAUGGGUCUCCCCAACCAGUGGGCCCGCUACCUCCGCUGGGAUGCCAGCACACGCAGCGACCUGAGUUUCCAGUUCAAGACCAAUGUCUCCACGGGGCUGCUCCUCUACUUGGAUGAUGGUGGUGUGUGUGACUUCCUCUGCCUCUCUCUAGUGGACGGCCGUGUUCAGCUCCGCUUCAGCAUGGACUGCGCCGAGACUGCUGUGCUGUCCAACAAGCAAGUGAACGACAGCAGCUGGCACUUCCUCAUGGUGAGCCGUGACCACCUGCAUACCGUGCUGGUGCUUGAUGGCGAGAGCCAGUUGGCGGAGCUGCAGCCCCAGCGACCCUACAUGGAUGUGGUCAGUGACUUGUUCCUUGGUGGAGUCCCUGCCGACAUACGGUCUUCUGCCCUGACCCUUGAUGGAGUACAAGCCAUACCUGGCUUCAGGGGUUUAAUCCUGGAUCUCAAGUACGGCAACUCAGAGCCCCGGCUUCUGGGGAGCCAGGGCGUCCAGUUGGAAGCUGAAGGACCCUGUGGUGAGCGGCCCUGUGAAAACGGUGGGAUCUGCUUCCUCCUGGAUGGCCACCCCACCUGUGACUGUUCCACCACCGGCUAUGGUGGCACACUCUGCUCAGAAGAUGUCAGUCAAGGUCCAGGCCUCUCCCACCUCAUGAUGAGUGAACAAGGUAGAAGUAAAGCUCGAGAGGAGAAUGUGGCCACUUUCCGAGGCUCGGAGUACCUAUGCUACGACCUAUCUCAGAACCCGAUCCAGAGCAGCAGCGAUGAAAUCACCCUAUCCUUCAAGACCUGGCAGCGGAAUGGGCUCAUCUUGCACACCGGCAAGUCGGCUGACUAUGUCAACCUGGCUCUGAAGGAUGGUGCGGUCUCCUUGGUCAUUAACCUGGGCUCCGGGGCCUUUGAGGCCAUUGUGGAGCCAGUGAAUGGAAAAUUCAACGACAACGCCUGGCAUGAUGUCAAAGUGACACGCAACCUCCGGCAGCACUCAGGCAUCGGACACGCUAUGGUGACAAUCUCCGUGGAUGGAAUUCUUACCACAACGGGCUACACUCAAGAGGACUACACCAUGCUGGGCUCAGAUGACUUCUUCUACGUGGGAGGAAGCCCAAGUACGGCUGAUUUACCAGGCUCUCCUGUGAGCAACAACUUCAUGGGCUGCCUGAAAGAGGUUGUUUAUAAGAAUAAUGACAUCCGUCUGGAGCUGUCUCGCCUGGCCCGGAUUGGGGAUACCAAGAUGAAAAUCUAUGGUGAAGUUGUGUUCAAGUGUGAGAACGUGGCCACACUGGACCCCAUCAACUUUGAGAGCCCAGAGGCUUACAUCAGCUUGCCCAAGUGGAACACCAAACGCAUGGGCUCUAUCUCCUUUGAUUUCCGCACCACUGAGCCCAAUGGCCUGAUCCUCUUCACCCAUGGAAAGCCCCAAGAGAGGAAAGACGCUCGGAGCCAGAAGAACACAAAAGUUGACUUCUUUGCUGUGGAACUGCUCGAUGGCAACCUGUACUUGCUGCUUGACAUGGGCUCAGGCACCAUCAAAGUGAAAGCCACUCAGAAGAAAGCGAACGAUGGGGAAUGGUACCAUGUGGACAUUCAGAGAGAUGGCAGAUCAGGUACCAUAUCAGUGAACAGCAGGCGCACGCCCUUCACCGCCAGCGGGGAGAGCGAGAUCCUGGACCUGGAAGGGGACAUGUACCUCGGCGGGCUGCCAGAGAACCGCGCGGGCCUCAUCCUCCCCACCGAGCUCUGGACCGCCAUGCUUAACUACGGCUACGUAGGCUGCAUCCGUGACCUGUUCAUCGACGGCCGAAGCAAGAACAUCCGGCAGCUGGCAGAGAUGCAGAACGCAGCGGGGGUCAAGUCCUCCUGUUCCCGCAUGAGCGCCAAGCAGUGCGACAGCUACCCCUGCAAGAACAACGCCAUGUGCAAGGAUGGCUGGAACCGCUUCAUCUGUGACUGCACCGGCACCGGGUAUUGGGGCCGAACCUGCGAGAGGGAGGCAUCCAUCCUGAGCUAUGACGGCAGCAUGUACAUGAAGAUCAUCAUGCCCAUGGUCAUGCACACCGAGGCAGAGGACGUGUCCUUCCGUUUCAUGUCCCAGCGAGCUUACGGGCUCCUGGUGGCUACUACCUCCAGGGACUCUGCGGACACACUGCGUCUGGAGCUGGACGGGGGACGAGUCAAGCUCAUGGUUAACUUAGACUGUAUCAGGAUAAACUGUAACUCCAGCAAAGGACCUGAGACCCUGUAUGCGGGGCAGAAGCUCAAUGACAAUGAGUGGCACACAGUUCGAGUAGUGCGAAGAGGGAAAAGCCUGAAGUUAACCGUGGAUGACGACGUAGCUGAGGGUACGAUGGUGGGAGACCACACCCGCUUGGAGUUCCACAAUAUCGAAACUGGUAUCAUGACUGAGAAACGAUACAUCUCCGUUGUCCCUUCCAGUUUCAUUGGCCACCUGCAGAGCCUCAUGUUUAAUGGCUUGCUCUACAUUGAUUUGUGCAAAAAUGGCGACAUUGAUUACUGUGAGCUGAAGGCUCGCUUUGGUCUGAGGAAUAUCAUUGCUGACCCUGUCACCUUCAAGACCAAGAGCAGUUACCUGAGCCUCGCCACCCUCCAGGCCUACACCUCCAUGCACCUCUUUUUCCAGUUCAAGACCACCUCAGCUGAUGGCUUCAUCCUGUUUAAUAGCGGGGAUGGUAAUGACUUCAUUGCGGUGGAACUGGUGAAGGGGUACAUACACUAUGUGUUUGACCUUGGGAACGGUCCCAAUGUGAUCAAAGGCAACAGUGACCGUCCCCUGAAUGACAACCAGUGGCACAAUGUCGUCAUCACUCGGGACAACAGUAACACGCACAGCCUGAAAGUGGAUACCAAGGUGGUCACUCAGGUCAUCAAUGGGGCCAAAAAUCUGGAUUUGAAAGGUGACCUGUACAUGGCCGGCCUGGCACAAGGCAUGUACAGCAACCUCCCAAAGCUAGUGGCCUCCCGCGAUGGCUUUCAGGGCUGCCUGGCAUCAGUGGACUUGAAUGGGCGCCUGCCUGACCUCAUCAAUGAUGCCCUCCAUCGGAGUGGGCAGAUUGAACGUGGCUGUGAAGGUCCCAGUACCACCUGCCAGGAAGACUCUUGUGCGAACCAGGGUGUCUGCAUGCAGCAGUGGGAAGGAUUCACCUGUGACUGCUCCAUGACAUCUUAUUCCGGAAACCAGUGCAAUGACCCUGGCGCUACGUACAUCUUUGGGAAAAGUGGUGGCCUCAUCCUUUACACCUGGCCAGCCAACGACAGGCCCAGCACACGCUCUGACCGCCUGGCUGUGGGCUUCAGCACCACUGUGAAGGAUGGCGUCUUAGUACGCAUUGACAGCGCUCCAGGACUUGGCGACUUUCUCCAGCUUCACAUAGAAUAUGGGAAAAUUGGCGUCGUCUUCAAUAUUGGCACAGUUGACAUUUCCAUCAGAGAGGAAAGAACCCCUAUCAAUGAUGGCAAAUACCACGUGGUACGCUUCACCAGGAACGGCGGCAAUGCCACGCUCCAGGUGGACAAUUGGCCAGUGAAUGAACAUUAUCCUACAGGCAACACUGAUAAUGAACGCUUCCAAAUGGUAAAACAGAAAAUCCCCUUCAAAUAUAACCGGCCCGUAGAGGAGUGGCUGCAGGAAAAAGGCCGGCAGUUAACCAUCUUCAACACCCAGGCGCAAAUAACCAUCGGAGGAGUGGACAGAGAACGCCCCUUCCAAGGCCAACUCUCUGGGCUCUAUUAUGAUGGUUUGAAGAUACUGAACAUGGCAGCUGAGAACAACCCUAAUAUUAAAAUCAAUGGAAGUGUCCGGCUCGUAGGAGAAGUCCCAUCGAUCUUGGGAACCACGCAGACCACCUCCAUGCCACCAGAAAUGUCUACCACUGUCAUGGAAACCACCACUACAAUGGCCACUACUACAACUCGCAAAAAUCGCUCUACAGCCAGCAUUCAGCCAACAUCAGAUGACCUUGUUUCAUCUGCUGAAUGUUCAAGUGAUGAUGAAGACUUCGUUGAAUGCGAGCCAAGUCCAGGUAGGUCAGGAGGUGAACUAGUUAUCCCUCUUCUUGUAGAAGACCCUUUAGCUACCCCUCCUAUUGCUACUCGUGCACCUUCCAUUACACUUCCCCCUACCUUCCGCCCCCUCCUCACCAUUAUUGAGACCACCAAAGAUUCCCUGUCCAUGACCUCUGAGGCGGGGUUACCUUGCUUGUCGGACCAAGGCAGCGAUGGUUGUGAUGAUGAUGGCUUGGUGAUAUCUGGGUAUGGCUCAGGGGAAACCUUUGACUCUAACCUGCCCCCUACUGAUGAUGAAGAUUUUUACACCACCUUCUCCUUGGUAACAGAUAAGAGUCUUUCCACUUCAAUCUUCGAAGGUGGCUACAAAGCACAUGCGCCCAAGUGGGAAUCCAAGGACUUUAGACCUAACAAAGUCUCCGAAACUAGUAGGACUACUACCACAUCUUUGUCCCCUGAGCUGAUCCGCUUCACAGCUUCCUCCUCGUCCGGGAUGGUGCCCAAAUUGCCAGCUGGCAAAAUGAAUAACCGUGAUCUCAAACCCCAGCCUGAUCUAGUCUUGCUUCCGUUGCCCACUGCCUAUGAGCUAGACAGCACCAAACUGAAGAGCCCACUAAUUACUUCCCCCAUGUUCCGUAAUGUGCCCACAGCAAACCCCACGGAGCCGGGAAUCAGACGGGUUCCGGGGGCCUCAGAGGUGAUCCGGGAGUCGAGCAGUACAACAGGGAUGGUCGUCGGCAUUGUGGCUGCUGCCGCCCUCUGCAUCUUGAUCCUCCUGUACGCCAUGUACAAGUACAGGAACAGAGAAGAGGGGUCCUAUCAAGUGGACGAGACGCGGAACUACAUCAGCAACUCGGCCCAGAGCAACGGCACGCUGCUCAAGGAGAAGCAGCCGAGCUCCAAGAGCGGCCACAAGAAGCAGAAAAACAAGGACAAGGAGUACUACGUGUAGCCCUGGUGACGCUCAGACCGCGUUCUUUCUCUGUGCAAACGCGGAUGCUUUGACGCUGAGAUCUCACCAACGUCAGAACUGUUCUUGCAGCGAGACGGGGUAUAUACCAUGACUCUGGUGGGGAAAACCAUUUUUAAAAGGACACUCACACAGAAGCACCUAUCAAUAAAGUUCAGCCGUGGCUCCCCUGUGCAGCCAGGGCUCGGAGACAGAAAGUUCUUUUCUGCAGUGCUGUACCAUAAAGCACACACUAGAGCCCUGCAGAGAGCUCACGGCUCCACGCUUCCGUGGACUUCACGCUUCCUUCUCUGGAGGACAAAAGGUAGAAGAAGACUUCACGGCUUACUUGUCCCAUAACUCCAAGUGAGUCUGUAAUGUCCUUGCAGCUUGACUGUAACAAUGUAUUUUUUUCCUCAGUUUCAUUAUGUAAAAAGCAAAAACAUAAAAAAGAGAAAAGUUUAAAAAAAAAAACUAGAAAACAAAAAACAAACAAACAAAAAAAUAACCCACUCGUAUCUGGUUCUGGCCAGUGUGUGUAUGUAACUUUUCAAGAUCUGAGGGGAAAAAUGGCUUUUGGGUUUUUGUUUAUUUUUUUGAGACUGGAUAUAAGUUAAGAAAAAGAGAAAAAAAUAUAAACUCAGAAAACAAAAAAGUAAGAGACAAUUGCCAUAUGAACUCAAAAGCUACCAUGGUGUUCACUUUACAUAUCAGGUUGUGGUGUCUCUAAAAUCUGUUGUUUGUUUCUUGUAAGAUGAUGUGCUGAACAUAUAGCAGAACCCAUGUGAUGGAUGAUAACACUGAUCCAAAAAGCUGGCCCCCCAGGAUCUAAUUCCAGAAUUUCCCAGCCAAGCCCUGCACAGAUGGGCUUAGGGCUGGUUUGAUCAGAGCUAUUGGCUUUACUUGACAAUAUUGUUCCUGUCCAUUUACCCAAAUUGUGUUAAAGGGGAAAGCCCCACAAAUGAAAACAAAACCUUUCCUAGGGAAGGGAAGGGAAGGGGGUGGGCUGGAUCCGUAAUUGAAAUGCAUGCAAAUAAAAAAGAAAUGACAAUGCUAAAGUCUGUCGAAUAAUCAAAACAGACAGUAGGGGAGUUCAACUAGCGAUGGAACCACAAAAGGUCACACAAGCCAAACAUGUACUGACCAACUGCAUAGUUCUUUCCCUGCCCCCAUAUGAUAAUGGUUUUCAUAGUGGUUUAAUUUUGUAACCUGACUCAGAUAAUUCUGUCCUUCCACGUGCUCAUGUGUCCCUUCGCCCAUCUUUAAAAAAGAAAAAAAAUAAAUGAAUAAAGCUGCUGUGACACACAAAAAAGGAAUUUAAUAGUAUAAUAUAUAUAAAUAAAUAUAUAUACAGAUAUAUUUAUCACGGUAUGUUUGAUGGGAUGACUGACACAGAAAUCUGUUAAAGUCUUGAAGUGGAAUGAGAAUGUUAUUUUAAAAGAAAAUAACAAAACAACAAAAAAGUAAACCUUAAAAUGUGAAGAAAGCGUGAGUUUUAGUUUUGUCACAGUUAACUGUGUUGAAGAGAAUUUAAAAAAAAAAAAUCUCAGAUUUUGUUUACAUAUUUUACUACAUUUUUGCUGGUAUAAUUCCUUAGCCACCUAUGUACAUACUGCUUUAAGAACUGUUUUUCGCUUUCCACUUGUUUAUUUUAGUUUCUUUGGAUUAUAUUCCAGUUGUCUCUUUAUUUUCUUUUUGUAAAGAGGAAACAAUGUACAGAAAAAUAAUAGACUGGUUGUAUGGCCAUAGCUAUUCAAAAAGCAAGAGACAAAGCAAGACAAAUAUUCACUCAAAAAUGGAGUGUGUUUUUUGGACGGUCAGAUAUAUACACUUUUGUACAGAUGAAAACCAAUCAGCUAUUUAGAUUUAGAAAUCUACUCUUGCUGGUCUUUGUAAGUUGCAUGAAUAUUUGACUUUGAAAAAAUAUCUUACAGACAUGGGGCAAAAAGCGCAAAUUCAACAAUGGUAGCCUUUACUAACGUGUACGGAAAGAAGUGUUCCUCCUUAUUUUCAAUGUGUUAUGAGUUUUUUAUAUUUCCUUCUGUUGUCAUUAAAAAAGACAGGACUAUAAAAAGAUAUCAAAGCACGAUUUUAGAUAAAUGGCCCAGCCUAUAUGAAGUUGAUUAUAUCUUGAUGUCUGUAAAAGAUUACUGUUCUUGGAGUCUUGAGGUCUCGUGAACUGAUUUCCUGCUUUCUUUCCUUACAUUUUCUUUAUUUGAGUAAAAGUAGAUAUUUGUUAUAUUCCUUUCAGUGUAAGUUUCUAUUUGGACAAUUUUAUGGAAACAUGUGCAUUCUGUAUGUGAGCUUUUAUCAUAUUCCUAUUGUUUUAAUUAGCAGAUCUUAAAGGAGUUUAUUUUAUGAUGUUGUGAUGUUACUGCUUUUUCUUUUUCCUUUUCUCUUUUGUUUCAUAUUUGCAUUUUAGUUCAAGGAUAUGCUUAGCAAUAAAAUGUUCUUCCCAAAA